UUCUACCGUGGUUUUACGUGGUUUCUCUACUUUUCGUGCGUGUCGUAAUUACCGUCGAAGGGCCGCUCGUGUGGUCAUGAUUGUACUUGUACAUUGCUCACUGUUCGUUUGCGAUUCUAUGAAAAUAUAGGAUAUCUGUCAAUUGCACUUAUGUCUCAACAAAUCUGUGACGAAACGUCGCGAUACGAUAAUUGCCAAUGAGAAAUGCAGGAGGGUUAGAUGAUAAAAGGUCGAUUAGGUUGUCUAGCUUUUCUGACUCGUCCUUUAAUGCGACUUGUUAAAUUGACUUGCAGCUAAUUUAAUUAAUAAUGAAGAACAUGUAUUGAAUUCUAUUACUUUUUGGAAAAAAGUAAUUCUGAUCUACGGCAGAACUUUUAACCUAUAAAUAUUGUCUGUGAAUCUGUUUUUGGACUUGUACAAUGGGGAGAUUUAUCAUGUACAAAAAUUAUAACAAAUAAUCACAAAGAUUUUAAGGAUCUUAAUCGCUGUCUGAUGUUAUUUGCCUCUCUUAUAUAUUUUUACAAGUAUUAUAGAAAGCGUUUUCACAUCAUUAUUCAACAAAGAUGGAGCAGUUACAAAUCAUCUUCCAAAUACAAAUCACCUGGACAUUAUACGGAUUACGAAAUAACGAGCGACCCAAAUGAGUGGAAAUAUGUCGAACGUACGCUUAGAUAUCAAAUUAUACCUAAACCACCCACGGGAGAUGUCGAACUUUCAUCUGGCUAUAAACCAGCAUGUGCUUCGCCUAAGGAUCGUCCUUACUUCAUAGAACGUACCAAGAAUUACAUGCAACCUGUGUAUUUAGUUAUAUCACACAGAGGGACGAGAAGGAUCACGCGGAUUAAAAACAUUCAGGGGGACAUAUGGAAGCUGGAACGUGAGCUUAUAGAAUAUUUGGAGAAACGCACGGGGCAAAGGUUCGCUACUCAGAUACACGAGUUUGCUGGUGUACUUAGAAUUAGAGGAGACUAUGUUAAUCGUGUUAAAGGGUGGAUGGACACAAAAGGCUUGUAAGAAACACCACGAACAUUUUGAUAAUAGAUUGUAUGUGACUAUGAAUGUUUAUGCACUGUAAAUAUACAAUAAACAACGUAUCCUUGU